AUGUCCCGUGUGGCAGACGACAAUAUGUCUUUGCCGUUCUUCUCGCCAGAGCUUAGCCAUGUCUCCAGCAGCUCAGGCGCUUCUUCUCCAACUUUCGCUCAGCUCUUGAAAAACGUCGGCGACACGACGAAUAUGGAGACGCCGGUUCCUGGACGCGACGAGCAUCACGUCGAUAUGGAUCACGCCUCGCCGGACCGAUCCGUACCGUUCGUUCUCUCGUUCAACGAUCUCACUUACAGCGUGAAGGUUCGCCGGAAGUUCACAUGGAGGCGCGUCCCUUCAGAUCCCAUAACCGGAGCUUCAUCGGAAGGGAUGACGAAGACGCUCCUCAACGGAGUCUCCGGAGAGGCUAGAGACGGAGAGAUACUGGCGGUUCUCGGGGCAAGUGGCUCAGGGAAAUCGACACUGAUCGAUGCACUAGCCAACCGAAUCGCCAAAGGAAGCUUGAAAGGAAACGUAACUCUAAACGGCGAAGUUCUCAAUUCCAAAAUGCAGAAAGCGAUCUCAGCUUACGUGAUGCAGGACGAUCUUCUCUUCCCGAUGCUCACAGUCGAAGAGACUCUAAUGUUCGCCGCGGAGUUUCGUCUCCCCAGGAGCCUCUCCAAAUCGAAGAAGAAACUCCGCGUCCAAGCCUUAAUCGAAAAAUUAGGAAUCCGAAACGCCGCGAAAACGAUAAUCGGAGACGAAGGCCACCGUGGAAUUUCCGGGGGAGAGCGGCGGAGAGUUUCGAUCGGAAUCGAUAUCAUCCACGACCCGAUUCUACUUUUCCUCGACGAACCAACCUCGGGCCUCGACUCCACGAGCGCACUCAGUGUCAUCAAAGUCCUCAAACGAAUCGCACAGAGCGGAAGCAUGGUGAUCAUGACUCUUCACCAACCGAGUUACCGUCUCCUCCGAUUACUCGAUCGUCUCCUCUUCUUAUCCCGAGGCCAAACCGUCUUCAGCGGAUCACCGGAGAUGCUACCACACUUCUUCACCGAGUUUGGCCACCCGAUUCCCGAACACGAGAACCGCACCGAGUUCGCCUUGGAUUUGAUCCGAGAGCUCGAAGGAUCCGCCGGUGGAACGAGAAGUUUAGUUGAAUUCAACAAAGGGUUUAGACAGAGGAAAGCAGAGCCGAUAACGCCUCAGACUGGUCUCUCUCUAAAAGAAGCCAUCAGCGCAAGCAUCUCCAAAGGAAAGCUCGUCUCCGGAGCAACGACGACGACUGCUACUAACACUCCUGUUUCCACCAUUCCAACAUUCGCAAACCCGUUUUGGGUCGAACUUUUGGUUCUAUCCAAACGGUCCAUGACUAAUUACCGGAGACAGCCAGAGCUGUUCGGGAUACGACUCGGAGCUGUGCUAGUCACCGGAUUCAUCUUAGCCACCAUGUUUUGGCAGCUGGAUAGCUCUCCUAAAGGAGUCCAAGAACGUCUCGGUUUCUUCGCCUUCGCAAUGUCCACGACGUUCUACACUUGCGCAGACGCUCUACCAGUUUUCCUCCAAGAACGCUUCAUUUUCAUGAGAGAAACCGCUUACAACGCAUACAGAAGAUCCUCCUAUGUACUCUCUCACUCUCUCGUGGCCUUGCCUUCUUUAGUCAUCCUUUCGCUUGCCUUCGCAGCGAGCACGUUUUGGGGAGUGGGGUUAGAUGGAGGUCCUAUGGGGUUUCUCUUCUACUUCUUAGUGAUCUUAGCAGCUUUCUGGGCGGGGAGCUCGUUCGUGACUUUCUUAUCAGGCGUUGUCCCACAUGUGAUGCUCGGUUACACCAUUGUGGUAGCCAUCUUGGCCUAUUUCUUGCUUUUCAGUGGCUUCUUCAUCAACCGAGAUCGGAUCCCUUCGUACUGGAUAUGGUUCCAUUACAUUUCUUUAGUCAAGUACCCUUACGAGGCUGUUCUCAUCAACGAGUUCAGCGACCCGACGAAGUGUUUCGUCAAAGGAGUUCAGAUAUUCGACAACACACCUCUCGUGGCAGUGCCUCACGGGAUGAAAGUUAGGCUUCUGGCGACGAUGAGCAAGUCACUUGGGAUGAGGAUCACUAGCUCCACGUGCUUGACCACAGGAUACGACAUUUUGCAGCAGCAAGGCGUUACGGAUCUCAGCAAAUGGAAUUGCUUGUGGGUCACGGUCGCUUGGGGUUUCUUCUUUCGGAUCUUGUUCUACUUUACUCUGCUUUUGGGCAGCAAGAACAAGAGGAGCUUCCACACAGACGACUUUUCCAUAGUUGCCCACACACGCUGGUGUUCAUUUGAUCUUCUUGGGCUUUGCUUAAUUCCUGACAAACUCGCUGGUAGGUUCUCAGUCUUUUCAAAGUACGGGAUGAGUAAAGUUAACAGUGAGGAAUCUUCUAGUGGCCGUAAACUGUUGAAGGAGGUUGAGACGAUUAGCGAAGCUCUCUACGUGAACAAGAAUCCUAGGGGGUCAGUCGCUGGUCCUAGCACCACUCCAACAAAACCGUUGGGUCGUACCCACUUGGCUGAGCCGCAGAAGGAGAAAAAAUCGUUUUGGAACUGGCCUCUCAGAGCCCUUUCACACGUCCGAAACCGCCGGUUCAAUUGCUGUUUCUCUGCCCAAGUCCAUUCCGUUGAAGGUCUGCCUCCUAUAUUCCAGGAUCUUUAUCUCACUGUGCACUGGAAACGCCGUGAUGAAUCUUUAACCACUCGUCCUGCGAAAGUUUUGAACGGAAGAGCUGAUUUCAAGGACAAGCUGACACAUACAUGCUCGGUUUACGGAAGCCGAAGUGGGCAGCAUCACUCAGCUAAGUAUGAAGCUAAGCAUUUCUUGCUGUACGUCUCUCUGGUUGGAUCUCCUGAGGUUGAUCUGGGAAAACACCGAAUGGAUCUCACUAAACUGCUUCCUCUCACUCUUGAGGAGUUGCAAGAUGAGAAGAGCUCCGGUAAGUGGUCAACAACGUUUCAGUUGACUGGUAAAGCUAGCGGUGCUACUCUGAGCAUAAGUUUUGGGUACACUGUUGUUGGGGAUACUCGUAAUCCUGCUACUUCAGGUAGCAUUCAGAAUGCUCGCAAUGCUUCGAAUGCAAAACAGACGAGUAAUAGCACAGGGUUGACAAGAACUGCUAGUGCAAAGUCUAUUGUAGGGAAUGGAAAGUCUGUGUCUCGGCGUUUCGAUCACAGUAAUGCUAACAGAGGGUCUCAUUCUUUGUCCCAGAAUGUGGAGGAAAUCAAAGAUCUCCAUGAAAUUUUGCCUGUUGCACAAUCGGACCUGGUCAGUUCUGUAAACAUUCUGUAUAAAAAACUUGAUGAGGAGAAGGUGGAUCCAGCAGCUGAGUCUCUUUCCGAAUUUGACGUUGUCACUAAACACAUUGAACCCGUUGAGUCAAUUUCUCGUGAAAACGAAGGUGCAAAUGCACAUCAAAGUGGAGAGUCUUUGGUGAAUGGGAAUAGAAUUGAUGUUCCUGCUGAGGAAAUAAAGAGGACAGACGAAGUUCCUCCUGCUGCAAGUGGGGAAGUUGGUACAGAACAUUUUCCAGAAGAGUCUUUGGUAAACGGGAAUGAAACUGAUGUUCCUUUUGGGGAUUUAAAGAAAGGUAGUGAAGUUUCUAUUGCUGGUGGUGAGGAACUGGAACUUGGUACAGAAAUUUUGCCUGCAGAAGAGGGGAACAAAGUUUCUCCAAAAGACGAGGAAACUCUUGUUCCUCGGUAUGACGUAGAGGUAAUGAACGGUGAGAAAGAUUUGAAAGAAACAAUAUUGAGAGAUCUUGAAUCAGCUUUGAAAAGUGUAGAAAUGUUGGACGCAACAGCGUCAGAUGACGAGGACGAUCAAGAAAACCAUGGAAACGCAGAAACAUUUUUAAUAACACCAACUAAGGAAGCAGCAUCGAGUUCUAUUGAUGUGGAUGAAUCUGUGGCAAGUGAGUUCUUAGACAUGCUAGGUAUUGCACACAGCCCUUUUGGUCAAAGUUUUGAGAGUGAACCUGAGUCCCCAAGGGAGCGUCUGUUGAGAGAAUUUGAGAUGGAAACUCUAGCUGCCGGUUCUUUGUUUGAUUUUAGUGUUGAAGCUGAUGAUCCCCAAAUGGAAUGUGAUGAAAACUUUACGAAUGAGUAUGAAUCAGAUUUUGAAGAAGGGUUCGAUCUGGCAUCCCUUGUUCACGAUAUAGAAGAAGAGUACCAGUUGGAAGCUCAAGCAAGAGUCAGCGUACCCAGGGCCACAAUGUUGGAAGGCUUGGAAACGGAAUCUCUAAUGCGUGAGUGGGGUAUGAAUGAAAACACAUUUCAGAACUCUCCGCCUCACAAUAGCCCUAAUGCUUUCCAUCCAGAUGUAUUUCCAACAAAGGAGCCGUUUGAUUUGCCUCCCCUUGGAGAUGGCCUGGGUCCAGUUGUACAGACAAAGAAUGGAGGGUUCCUGCGGUCAAUGAAUCCCUCGCUGUUCAGGAACUCUAAAGCAGGAGGCAGCUUGAUCAUGCAAGUGUCGACUCCAGUUGUGGUGCCUGCUGAGAUGGGCUCUGGUAUCAUGGAGAUACUUCAGAAACUAGCCACUGCUGGAAUUGAGAAGCUCUCGAUGCAGGCAAAUAAAGUAAUGCCUCUGGACGAUAUAACAGGGAAAACCAUGGAAGAGGUGUUGUGGGAAACUUCACCUGCGAUUGACGGCGGAGACAGGGAUCAUAUAUCAGAGCAUCAAUGUGGUGAUGCAGCUGGUUUUGUAAGACCAUCACCUGCAGCUAGACCGGAAAGGUUUGGUUCAAGCUCUGCCUCCGGGAGCAAGAACUUUGACUCGGAGUAUGUAUCACUUGAAGACCUUGCUCCAUUGGCCAUGGAUCAGAUUGAAGCACUUUCUUUGGAAGGAUUGAGAAUACAAUCAGGAAUGUCAGAUGAAGAUGCACCUGCAGACAUCACUGCACAGUCUAUUGGAGAGAUCUCAGCCUUCCAGGGGAAAAGCGGGUGCGUUGGUCUAGAAGGAGCUGCCGGAUUACAACUUCUAGACAUAAAAGAUGACGGGGAUGAUGAUGACGGAUUAAUGGGUCUCUCCUUGACUCUUGAUGAGUGGAUGAAGUUGGAUUCAGGUGACAUUGGCGAUGAAGAAGAAAUAAAUGAGCGAACUUCGAAAAUUCUGGCUGCUCACCAUGCAAACCCACUGAACUUUGUGCGUAAGGGGGAGAAAAGAAAGGGUAAAAAAGGAAGGAAAUGUGGUUUAUUGGGGAAUAACUUCACGGUAGCAUUAAUGGUGCAACUACGAGACCCGUUAAGGAACUAUGAGCCAGUUGGAGCUCCGAUGCUUUCUCUUAUCCAAGUUGAGAGAUUGUUUGUUCCUCCAAAGCCUACAAUCUAUAGAACAGUUUCAGAGCUGAGGAAAACAGAUGAAGAGGAGGAGGAAACCGAGGCAGUGAAAGAAGAGCAAGCAAUAGAGGGAGAAGGAAUUCCUCAGUACAAGAUCUCGGAGGUGCAUCUUACGGGUAUGAAGAGCGAGAGCGAUAAGAAGCCGACGCAGCAGCAGCAGGUGCAAGUGCAGUCUGGUUCGAGGUGGUGUAUGGCUAACGGGAUGGGGAAAGGGAAUAGCAAGCUUCCUCUUAUGAAACCGAAGUUGGGUUCUACAAAGCCUGGGGACAAGUUGUGGAGUGUCUCUGGUUCUGGGUCUAAAUGGAAAGAGCUUGGCAAAAUGGGAAAGUUGAACACACACGUGCGAAAUCCGAAUGUGAUCAUGCCGAAAUGA